AUGCCUCAGAAGCUGCUGAUCUCUUUCAAAAAACAAAAAAGGAAAAAGUUAAAAAGACAAAAAUAUCAAAAAGUCCGUUCAAUUCAGAUUUCCUCCAAGAGAUUCUCCACUAAUCCCUCAGCAGCAGCAGCAGCAACAGCAGCAGAAGCAGCAGCAGCAGCAACAGCAGCAGCAGCACAGCAGCAGCAGCAGCACCACCAGCACCAGCACAGCAGCAGUAGCAGCAGCGCCAGGACAGCAGCAGCACCAGCAGCACCAGCACAGCAGCAGCAGCAGCAGCACCAGCGCAGCAGCAGCAACAGCAGCAGCACAAGCACAGCAGCAGCACAAGCACAGCAGCAGCAGCAGCAGCAGCAGCAGGGAACUGCGAAGAGCGUUGAAGACUCGACCCACCGGCAACGUUCUGGACGCCCGGCCUGGAGGUGCCUUGGAGUCCAAAAGUUGAACAAGAGGGAAGAUAAAGUCCAUUAUGAUUAUUAUGAAAAGUCUUUUUGA